CGUUCAGAUAGCGCCGUCACUUUCACGCCAAAGUAGAGUGGUCCUCCGGACAGCAGUCGCUUCAGAGCCCUCCAGCGAGUAACUGCGAAAAUGAGAGCGAUGACUGGUCUGGGAAGCCUGCUGCUGGUUGUGGUGUUGGGGACGGCCUGUGCCCAAGACUUCGACGUGAAGGUUAACGUGACCGGCGUGGGAAUGCUCGGUGGCUCCUUAGCCUGGACCAAGCGCCAGAAUCGAACCAUCUACCAGUUCCUGGGCGUGCCCUACGCCAACGUCACCACCAGGUUCCAGGAGCCGUCGCAACCUGUGAACUGGACUGGAACGAGGAACGCCACAGCCUACGGCCCGGCCUGUGUACAGUUCUUCUCUUUUGGAAACUCGAGCCUGCGCCACCCCGCAGCCGACGUCGACCCCGUGCUGGUAGCGGCGGCGGCGAUGGCGACUCGGCUCAGCCAGAGCGAAUACUGCCUCACCAUGGACAUCUACUCGCCGAACAUGACGGCGAAGCUGCCGGUGCUGGUGUACGUGCACGGUGGGGCGUUCGUGGGCGGCUCCUCGCAGCAGGUGCAGCCCCACUUCCUGCUCGACCACGACAUCGUGCUGGUGGCGCCGCAGUACAGACUCGGCCCGCUCGGUUUCCUGAGCCUGCAGACGGACGACGUUCCCGGCAACGCCGGCCUCAUGGACCAGCUGGCGGCGCUGCAGUGGGUCCACGACCACAUCAGCCAGUUCGGUGGCGACCCCUCCAGGGUGACGCUGGCCGGCGGCAGCGCCGGCGCCGCUUCAGCAGCGCUGCUGCAGCUCAGCCCGCUCUCCAAGCCGACCACCGGAGCGCUGUUUCAGCAAGUGUUCCUCGAAAGUGGUUCGGCGCUGGCUCCAUGGUCGGUGGAGGACGAUCCCCUGUCCAGAGCGGCAGUCAUAGCCAACUCCGUUAAAUGCACCAACAAGACUGUUCUGGUGGAAUGCCUUCGAAACGCUACGAUCCCUGCACUCAUGAUAGGAUUCGUGCAGAGCGCGAUCGACGACAUGUUGAGUGGUGGUACGGGCCUGGGAGGCGCUCUGCCCGUGGUGCAGGCGAAUACCGCCAAAAAGGCAGUCCUGCAGAAGAAGCCGUUGGAUGCCAUCCGGGAUGCCGACUUCCGCGCCAUGCCCAUGCUUGUGGGCGUGGCCAAGCACGAGGGCAUCAUGCCACUGGCCUUACUGAGGAUCUAUAAUGGAAUUGUCAAUAGUACAUACGGAGAGGACUUCUACCAAACGAAAACGGUGAACGACCUGGUGCGACGGGUUAUGAUGAUAGAAGAGAACCGAGUCGCCACCGACGCAGUUGCCGACAAGUACUUCAAACCCGGCACCCUGGACAGCCUGGACGCCAUGAGGCCAAGUCUGAUCGACUUGGCCGGAGCUGUUCACUUCAAAGGGCCUGCCCUCACGACAGUGGAGUUCAACUCCAAAACUGGAAACACAACCUAUUUAUAUUCCUUCAACCAUCAAGACAAGUACAACUACGAAGCGGUGGGUCAUGGCGGAGAUUUUCCAUACCUGUUCCCUCAGCCCAACUUAAACUUGACAGCCGAAGAAGACAGCGUAUCGGAGAAAAUGGUACAACUUGUGGCCAACUUCGUCAUUUACGGGAAGACAACCGCCAGUCCUGUGGCCGGGGUGCCGGAGUGGCGGCCGUACACUCUGCAGGACCCGUCCUUCCUGCUGGUGGACAAGGCGCCGCAGCUGCGGCAGGACUUCGAGCGGCAGCUGACCGUCGCGGCCUCGGAGGGCCUCAGGAAGCAGGCGUCGGCCGCCGCCGCCGGCUGCGUCGCCAGCGUCGCGACGCUGGUGGCCGUCGUCGCCGCCGCCUUGGCCUUCCACUAGGCGGUGGGGGCAGUGAGACACCCGGGCCGCCCCCCAGGGCAACUCGCCGUGCCCGGCUGCUCGGGAGACAAACUGUUUAUUCUCCACUAAAGAUAACUACAGCUGUAGGACUGAGCCAGUGUGUGACAAGUCACGUCAAAAGAUUCUACUACACUGCUCAAAAGAAUUAUGGGAACAUGACCUCGAGCGUCUGCUGUACUCCACUGAGCAAUAAUUGAGGACUGGGCAUGUUACAAAAUUUUACCUUUAUCCCUCACAUAUUAAUUAACAACAAAACAUCAUUAGAUACUCGUUCAUUUAUGUAACAAGAACUGAAAGCACCGACAGGUGUCGAAAAUAAAGUGGAAACGAUCAUUCAUCUCGUCAUCCUGGGAGCUUUGGACUUUCAGAGCUUUAGUAGCGCAUGUGC